AAUUUACAAAUAUUAAGCAAUUUGUUUUUUAGACUUAUAUUGCUUUUAGCAUUGAUUUUAUUUAUUAAAUUAGCUCUCAAUUAAUGGAUAAAGAGCUUAAUUUGCCUAAAACCAUAUUCAAAAAACUCAGGAAAAGUCAGACAGUCAGCUGUUUUAUUGGACACCAGAAGUUCCCUUAAAAACAUUCCUCAUAAACAAGGGAAAUUCGAUUGGUCAAAGGGAAAUCCAAUCAAAUUUAACAAAUCCACUUUCGAGAGAAAGCAGGCAACUUAAUUGGAUCUGUUGACUACAGGGAUUGGAAGAGAGGAAAGGGAACCUGCCAAGGAGAAGGUGCAUCCAAUGCUCCAGGCGCAUUUGCCCCCAAGGACCACAUCCAGAGUCAUGCCCGCUUCUCGGAAGGAUUCCAGCCGGCGGUGGCUGUGAUGGAGCGCUAGGUUGUGGCCAGGAUGUGGCCAGCCGCCCUGUCCCGCCUGCUGAGACGCCGCAUUGUGUACAUUGUGCUGGGGGUGCUGCUGCUGGUCUACGGAUUCGGACACCUCGUGGAUCGGAACUCCUUCGCCGGCCUGCACAACGACGAGUAUGUGGUGCAGCGCACCCGUCCGCUGCUCUGGACGCAGCAGCUCCUGGCCCCCGAGGAGCAGGUCAAUCGCACACGCAACGAUCCCGAGGCACGCUGCCGGAACUCCGUCCAGGGUCGCCGGCUGCUGGCCGACGAGCGCGGAUUCGUGUGUCGGCGCCAGGAGGUUCUAGCCAGCGGCUGCUGCAACCUGGAGCUGCCCGGCAUCGGGUACUACAGCUGCCGCACCUGCAACACCAGCACCCACUGCUGCGGCGUUUACGAGUACUGCGUCUCCUGCUGCCUCCAUCCCGGCCAGCAGCCGCUGCUGGAGCGCGUCCUGCGGGCGCCCAACACGCCCAAGUACAUCUUCGCCAGCGUUGCGGAUCACUUCGAGCUGUGCCUGGUCAAGUGCCGGACCAACUCGCACUCCGUGGAGCACGAGAACAAGUACCGCGAUGCGGCGGCCAAGCAUUGCUACGGUCUCACCGAGGCGCACGAGUCCCAGCGCGAUGUGGCGCCCCAGGGAGCGAGCCGGAGCUGACCACUGGUCCUCCGCGAUGAGAUUUCUUCUGUACAAAUAUGUGGAUUGAGCUUUACCUCGAACUAUGUAGAAAUUAGAGAGUUAUUAGUUAUAAUUUAGCAGGUUCGUUGGCAAUAAGUCAGUACGUAAGUCAGGAAGCACUUUAGACUAGGAAAAAUACGUUUUUGCGUUUUAACUCUAAAUACAAAAUUUAAUUUUCAUAGAACCCAACUUGUUUUCCAUAAAUGAGCAAAAUGUAAAUCGAAUUUACUUAACAUCCUUUUUCGUAACCUAUAAACAGAUAUUGUAAAUACACCGGGAUCUAUUUUAAGUGAUCAAGAGCCUAACGAACACGGUGACCAGCUCUCUUUGACCCACAUUAGUUUUGCUUUCAUUUUUUACCCAGCAAUAGUGUAAAUAUUUCACAUCUAGCCGUAAGCCAUAGCAAAGUGCAAUUUUUGACUCUAUGAUUUAAGUAAUACUAUAUCCAUCCAUGUUUGAUUGUGUAAAUAAAUGAGCAGGCAUUUAAAUAAAAAGACAAUGGCGGUUUUUAUAACUUU